CUGUAAUCAAGUCGCCUCUAGUUCUGCGAUAUGACAACGGGAAAAGGUUCAGCUUGGCCAGUCGAGCUUCAUACGGAAGCUUCGCUAUUCCGAGAAUCAGCUUAGUCGCCGUUCUCUGAAUCUUUUCCAGAAGCUCACUGUCUUUUUUUAAACAGGGGCUAGCCGCUUGUAUGCAGUACUCAAGUUUAGGACGAACGAACACUGUAUACAAAUUCAAAAACGUUUUAGCGUCGACAUGACUAAGAGCUCUACGUAUUGACCAUAGGGUUCUAAAACCUUUGGCGGCUAUUGCACGGCAGUGUGCAGUAGUCUUUAAGUCUUGACUAACGAUAACGACUGAAGUGAUUGUCCAGUUAGCACUAGAUAUAAAGCUUUAUGACGUUGUGUUGAAACUAGAAUUACAGUAGUACUAGGAUGUCCAGCAGUUUCAUUGGAAUAGAAAUUACACUAGAACUAGAGUUAUAAGAACUAAGAAUUGAAUUUCACGGACUAAAACUGAAUUGAACUGAAGUGUGGUGUUAUGUACUGAAAUGCUUUUAAAAUGUGCAAUACUUAAAUUAUUGGACAAAUUGGCAGACGGACAGGUAGAUAGAUAUUAGAAGGAUAUCAAUUUCGGGUUAAUCACAAAACUGAGCUCAAAAUAAACAACAGAAAAGAAUCGGUAGAUGAAUAGAUAGUCACACUUAUAUGGUUCUAAGUUGGUCCUUAUGACAAACUACCAAUGGACUUAAUUAAAUGUGUUCGUUUUUUCCAAAUCUUUAUCGGGUUUUAUUUUUGAUCACAUUAAAUCAUGUUAUAUUUACUACUAAAGCUGAAUCGCCCCAAGGGAUUUAUUAGAAUGUGGUCUCAGUUGUUUAGCUAGUGGAUUCUUCCGCUACCUACCUAUUGAGGUUUCAAUAACUAAUGAGCCAUCAUUAAAAACCUUCUAAAGAUCACUCUUAGAAGAACUUUACUAUAACUUGACUUGAACAAUGACAAUAUUUGUUACAACUAGAGGACUUCUAUUAUUUAGUAUGAAGUCUUCAGAUUCACAAAGCCUUAUUACUAUUGAACUAGAUUUGAACCUUUUUGCACUAGCGAAUCAUGGAUCAAGCCUCAAGUAAGGGUCUUUAUCGAUAAAAAAACUACAAAAUUUGCGACAUGUAACUGAAAAACAUUUCUUAAGACGAAGCGUAUACGAACACGUCGUGUAUCAUUAAUGACAUUUAGUGUGGUUUUUUUUACAUACCAUAAAUUAACUAUUAGGUAGGCAGUUUGUCCAUAACAAGAAUAAUUCUCUGUAAUUGCCUACGUUCACAGGUAAAAGAGAAAUGUAUAGUUUUAAGUGCCUCAACAAUAGCUUACCAAAUUGCACAUAAAUGCAUGUCCUUUACACUUGACGCCUGAUUUUUUAGGUUUUGUAUGCAUAAUGUAAUAUUAUAAAAAUUCCAAAGGGCGUUAGUAUUAUUAGUUUUAGUAAGUUUACAUACAUUUAUUAGUGGGAUAUAGUCUUUGUGGAUAAUGUUCUGUACAGAAGGCUCAGGAAUUUGUUUUUGUCUAAAAUGUGUAUCUGAUCCUGUACACUCCACAACUAAUUAUUGUUCAGUCCUUUUCCCGGUUGCUGUGAGGUUAUAAAAAUCAUCUACUUAGCUAACAAAAGAGUGUUCUGAAUUAUUCAAUGAGAUCAUAAAAUUUUUGCUGAUAUAUGAGUAAGUGUGUGAUUACUAAAUUUUACACAGUAGGUGUUGUUUUUAAAGUUAAGAAUUUGUAAGUAGUGACAUAAGUACUUGUCUAUAAAAACGCCUUUAUUUUCAAGGUUAAAAACAUGAAUACAAGUAUGAAAAACGCUUUAAGACUGUACCACUCCAUGUAGUAAGGCAACUUUGGUAGUCGUACAUUCCUCUCAAACUACAUGUUGAUGAUGACUGGCUAGCCUAAACGUUUCAAGAUAUCAGACUUGUAAUGUUUGACAAGGGCUUAUACUGAUUUCAGCUUUUAAAUACAAUUAAGCAUUCUAGAAGUUUGUAUAAGUAGGGGAAAAUUCGCCUUCAUUAACCGAUCAGUUUUAAGUAGAUAACAUUAAUAUUGUGGUUAGCUAGAUACAGACCGUAAUUAUCGUAAGUUAUAACUAUAAAACUACAACUUUGAGUGUUAAAUCUUAUCAGGCUGUCGUGGGUAUUUUCUAUGAUUUCCAAACAUUACGUUAGAAUAUAUCUUCCUAGAGCUAUUAAUAUUGUUACUCUACUCUGCUUUUAACAGUCUUACUGAUCUAUCUGUUUUACAUUCUUGUAUGAUUUGUGAUAACUGAAGUCUAUUAACAUUCAUGAAGGAACCUAAACUGCCUAUGACUAACUGACUGGCCAGUGCUGUAGUUAUUAUUGUAGUGUACCUGAUGUUAGUGCCAUAUGUCAGUCAUUUACUUUUAAUUGCUAAAGAUGUGUGUAACUUAAACAAUUGCAAGAUAAUUAAGUCUUUCUUUGGUUGUUAACUGUAUUCAGAAAACUUUCAGGGUUUUAUGUUAGGAUCGAGUAGUCUCAUAACUUUAGCGAGCUUUUAACCACUUGUCGGCGUUCAUGUACAUGUGUAUAUACGUAUAUUUAUUUAUCAACAAAUAGGAAACACUAAUUAGGUGGAAACUCCUUCAUCGUCUUUGUGCCUCAGUCUAUAGGAUGAUGAAUUUUCGCCCAUCUUAAUAUGAGUUUACCUCAAUUAUUGGACACCUACGAAGGUGAAAUUUUUUUGAUUUUCUUGAUCUUAGAUUUAAACAAUGUCUCAAUUAAUAGAACUCAUUCUUCAGGGUGACGGUGAUAGAAUCCAGAAGUUUUUGAAAGAAUAUGAUAAAGACCCAGAAGGUUAUCUACGAUCUAUGAAUGAAUAUGACGAAAUGCACAAUUCUGCUAUUGAAUUAUUUACAAUAUUAGAUUCCAGGAAUUUUAUUGAAAAGGCAAUAAGCAAUGGUUAUAACGAGCUAAAUAAAACCGGAAAAAAUGGAUGCAAUUUAGUACAUUAUGCUGCUAUGUGGAAUCAUGCUGAUUUAAUAAAAUAUUUAUAUUUUGCUGGUGUCGACGUCUAUAGAAAAAAUAUUCACGGCGAAACCGCACAUAAACUAGCUGUUAAAUAUAAACAGGAAGAAGCAAUGCAUAUUUUAGAAUGGAUAGAUAAUUUGUUUAUUUAAUAUUAUUUAGAAUGUCGUGAUGAAUUUAUUAUGCUGAUCCGAUUAGUCAGGGAAAUUUUAGCAACUUCUGAUAAGAAUGACUAUACAAAAGAAGAAAGGAAAAUUGCAGAUUCUGCUUGUCUUGAUGGAGAAUCCUGGAUUAAUAAAAAUAAAGAAGCUACACUCAGCAUGCUUAAAACAAAAAAAGAACAAAUUGAAUUGAUUGUAGAACCAUUCUUACGGAAGAAAUCAUUAGUCAUGUAGUGUGAUGAAAUAAUAUCGUACCAUAUUGUAUGGUGAAAACCCAAAUAACAUUAUUUUGCAUUUACUUUUCCAAUACUGAGUGUGCAACAAAAUUUUAAUUUGAUAAGUGUAUACAGAUCUGUUUUUAAAAAUAGUUUGUUAUGUAUGUAUUGUGAAAUCAGUCUCUCAGGACAGUUAUGAUGUUAUUGGGUACUGUUCAGUGAUGGCUUGAUUCACAAGACUUUGAGUUGUACUAGGAAAGUUUUUCUAGCUAGCUGUUAAGUAAAUGAGCUCAGUACUUUCAAAUUUCUACCUUAAGAUAAUUAUGAUAUAGUUAUAUAAUGAAACAUAGUUCCUAACUAAAAGUGUACGAUAAAGUUAAAUAUUUGGGUAAGACGUUUAGGCUUAUAGAUUAUUUACAAAGUAUGUUUUCAGGUAUUUGAAAUUGGAUCCCCAC